UGGCUUAAGGCGACGUCCCAAGGCUGGCAUGGUGUGCUCGGUGCUUGGGCUCUGUGGCAGCAUCCUUCACCAGGUCGUCCUUUUGCGUGAUGGGUCAGGACUGCGAUGCGUUCGCGCCAAAUCUAGGAUGGGACGUUCUUGAGUGAGGGACGCGACCGGUGGGGCCCUUUCGACAAGGAGCGGGUGACAUUCGAAGGCGAUCCCGCCGUUCUUUCCCAGCUGUUCGCGAAGAACGAGGUCGACAUUGUGGCUUCUGGAUUUCGCUGGACCGAGGGCCCGACCUGGGUCGAGCAGCGCAACGCCUUGUACUUUUCUGAUACUGUCGAUGCCCGUAUUUACAAAUAUUCGCACGAUGACCGCAAAGUGGUCCCCGUCGUGGAGCUCUCUGGUGGCUACGAUGGCGAGAACGUUGAGAAUUAUGACAAGCUGUUCGAGCCUGGCAGCAAUGGAAUGACCCUCGCCGGCGAAGACAUCUACAUUCGGAGCAUCCCACCCACCGCGUCGUCAGGGCGAAGCUCUCCGACCUGGCGCCCGGUGCCCCGUUCUGCGAGAGCAGGUUCGAUGUGCUGGCCGACAGCGUCUCUCCGGAUGGCCCGCGCCUGAACUCGCCGAAUGACGUCAUCCUCGGGCCGGACGGCGCCGUUUGGUUCACCGAUCCCGUGUACGGUUUCCUCGAGAAGGACCCGUUGGAUCCCUUCGUGCCAGUGCAGCCGACCGACGCCCCAGCCGCAGGCAAUUACAAUCCAGCCGAUCUGCCGUACUUGGAUGACCGGUGUAGAGCGGCUGCUGGAAAGACAGGCGUAUACCGCUGGAGCGAGGGUAAGCUGGCGCUCGUUGUUGGUGAGCUCGAUCGGCCCAAUGGCCUUGCAUUCCAUGAGAAGACCCUCUGGGUGGCCAACAGUUCCGCCAAAGGGCCAUCGUGGGUAGCAUACGACGCCUCUGCCAUCAUCGACGGAGCAGUCGAAGAGAUCAGACCCUUGAGGCAAGUCGCGCGGCUCAGCCCGGUCGAGCUUGGUCCGAUGCAGGGUCCCGGACUCUCCGAUGGGUUCAGGAUCGACGAGCUUGGGCGCAUGUGGUCCUCGUGCCCGAACGGGCUGGCGGUCAUCGACCUCGGCAGGAGAGCCCUGCUGGCGAAGGUGAAUUUCAACACGAACAUCUCGAACGUGGAGUUCGGGAGGGGACCCGACGUCUGGGUGACUGGGCUCGGCCACCUCUCGAGCGCGCCGUGCCCGAGCGCGGCGCGGAGCGCCCGCAGCCCGCCUCCUGAAGCUCGCCCCUUCGCCGCGCGCGGCGGGCCUGCCACCGAGGGCGUGGCGCGGCCGCGUCGGCUCGCAGGGAGCCUCGCCGGCCGCGGGGCGCGGCUCCCUCGCGCCUCCUCCGCUCCCCCCCCUCCGACGAGGGAAAGGGAGAGAGGGGGAGGAGGAGGAUUGUCGCGGCUGUCGUUUAAGGCAGGGGCAAUGUUUUACUGCUUCGUGCCCUGACAAUGGUGGCAUGCUAUGCUCAAUUCCAAUUUCGACUCAAACAUCAAUAUCAUUUCCAUUAACA